UACCUGGCUUCCCAUCAACCGCCGCUUUUCUACAAAAAAGAUCGCCAAAACCCUUCUCUCUUGUAAACAUUUCUUGGGGAAAAGAUCGCCAAAACGGCAAACCCCUCUUGUGAACAUUUUUUGGGGUGGCCGCCAUAUCUUUGGACUUGACCCUACCCACCUCUGAUCUCCCGCUGCUACGCUAUAAAAACCUCGCCAAAACCCCUCUCUUUUGAACAUUUAUUGGGGUAGCGGCCAUUUCCAUUCGCAACUCUCCCUACGCGGCCCCAAACGGUAUGUCGUUUUGCUCUCCGAGCUUCACUGCCUCACAGGUUUGCAACUUCUGGAACGACACCGCCGCCACCAAUCCGACGUCGCCAUGUGGCCGCAGCCUCACCGUCCAGUUUAGACUCGUUGGACCCAAGCAGAACCCUAAUUCUGACUCCACGAACAAUCCGCUCAAGCUCGUUGCUUUCCACUCACGACGACACUAUUCGCCGCUCAAUAGCCACGGGCGCGGGCUUCGAUGCGCCGGGCAGGAGUCCGCUGCGAAGGCGAUCACGGGGUCGGAGGAGGGGCAGAAUGGUGGUUUAAGAGAGGAGGUUAGGGAUUUUAUUGGUGGUGGCGGCGGCGGAGAAAGUGGUGGAGAUUCGUUUGGAAAUGGUGGUGGCAGCGGUGGUGGUGGUGACGAAGAGGAGGAGAGGGAGUUCGGGCCGAUAUUGAAGUUCGAGGAGGUGAUGAAGGAGACGGAGGCUCGAGGGGUUGAGCUUCCUUUGGAUAUGAUGGAGGCUGCCAAGACCACUGGGAUUCGGCAACUGCUUCUUGAGCGGUACUUGGAUUUGCAGGGGUCGGCUUGGCCACUUGGCUUUUUGAUCAAGUGUUGCUCUAUGCUGCGUAACCGAAUGCUGGCUGAUCCUUCUUUUCUUUUCAAAGUUGGAACAGAGAUAGUCAUAGAUUCUUGUUGUGCAACAUUUGCGGAAGUUCAGAAAAGAGGCAAGAAUUUCUGGUCGGAGUUUGAGUUGUACGCUGCAGAUCUUUUAGUUGGUGUGGUCGUGGACAUUGCUUUGGUUGGUUUGUUAGCACCGUAUGUUCGUUUUGGGAAGCCAUCCACAUCAAGAGGUUUACUUGGACAAGUGCAACGGGCUUGUGCUUCUCUUCCCAGCAGUGUUUUUGAAGCUGAAAGGCCAGGAUGUAAAUUCUCAGUGAAGCAGCGGGUUGCCACAUACUUCUAUAAGGGUGUAUUGUAUGGAUCAGUUGGAUUUGGAUGUGGUCUUAUUGGCCAAGGUAUCGCGAACAUGAUCAUGAAUGCCAAACGGAGUAUAAAGAAAUCGGAAGAGGACAUACCUGUGCCUCCUCUUUUGCAAAGUGCUGCUCUUUGGGGUGUUUUUCUUGCUGUGUCUUCCAACACACGUUACCAAAUCAUAAAUGGACUAGAGCGUUUGGUUGAAGCAUCACCUCUGGCAAAGCAGGUUCCACCUGUUGCAAUGGCUUUUACCGUCGGUGUGCGAUUUGCCAACAAUAUUUAUGGUGGUAUGCAGUUUGUAGAUUGGGCUAAAUGGAGCGGGGUACAAUAGCAGCAUACACACAUCUCUAUUACACCAAUUGCUUUUCAAUUACCAUUAGUUUUUAUUUAUUUUUUAAUAAAUUGCUUUUCAGUUGUCAAAUUAAGGGUAGUUUCUUCAAGUUUGGCAUUAGUUACAAGGAUGAGUGUCUCUGCUUAAAUAAUCAAGCAAUAAAUCAAUCUCUUUUUAUUUUUU